AUGGCAUCUGAUGCACCUCAAGAGCUCCUCAUUCCUCUUCACGUAAAAUAUAUUCAGUCGUUGGACACCCGGCAGGAAGACCUGGAAUACUGGCUCACCGAACAUUUGCGACUGAACGGUGUUUACUGGGGGUUAACUGCACUGGAUCUCAUGAACCAUAUUGAUGCUCUGUCAAGGGACGAGAUCGUCAAGUACAUUAGCAGCCAACAGCAUCCUAAUGGCGGUUUUGGCGGCCAUGUAAACCACGACCCGCAUCUUCUCUACACUCUUUCGGCCAUUCAGGUCCUAAUUAUGCUCGAUGCCAUUGAUACCAUUGAUGUCGACAAAGUUGUACAAUAUAUUGCAAGUAAACAAAAUGAAGACGGUUCUUUCCGAGGCGACGACUGGGGCGAAGUCGAUUCACGGUUUUCGUACAUAGCUCUGUCGGCCCUUUCUUUGCUGAAACGGCUGGAUGCGAUUGAUGUCAAUAAAACCGUGGAGUGGAUUUUACGGUGCAAGAACUAUGAUGGAGGUUUCGGGAAUCAACCGGGAGGCGAAUCGCAUGCAGGUCAAAUUUUCUGCUGUGUAGCAGCUUUGGCUAUUGCCGACGCCCUUCAUCAUGUGGACGCUGAUCUUCUCGGUUGGUGGUUAUGCGAGCGUCAACUCAAAUGCGGUGGUUUGAAUGGUCGCCCUGAAAAAUUGGAAGACGUAUGCUACUCUUGGUGGGUUAUGUCAGCUUUGUCGAUCCUUGAUCGGAUACACUGGAUUGACAAGGACAAGUUGGCCAGUUUUAUUCUCUCUGCACAAGAUCCUGAAAAUGGGGGUAUUUCUGAUCGUCGAGGUGAUAUGGUGGAUGUCUUUCACACUGUCUUUGGAGUGGCAGGUUUAUCUCUUUUGGGCUAUCCCGGUCUUAAGCCUGUGAACCCUGUUUAUUGUAUGCCAACUUAUGUAAUUGAUCGUCUCGGUAUUCAACAGAAAUACCAUCGCUAA